AUGGUGCUGCUAAAAUCACCCUCACCCCUCCUCCCUUCUUCCCCCGACCUCCGCUGGCACAGAUCCGACCGCCGCCCCUCCAUCCUCAAAUACACCCUCCUCCUUCUAACCAUCCUCUACCUCACCUUCCUCGCCUUUACAUUCGACCCCUCUUCACUGCCGCUUCCUGCGUCUGUGGCAGAAUUGACGGAUAGCUGGAAUGGCGAGUACAGCUGGGGGCCCGCUUGGGCCUCGUCAGAAUCUGGAGGAGGAGGACGCGAUGGGAGAGAGGCGUAUGUGACGUUCUUGUCGUCGGUGGCGGACCCUUGGUACCUCCUCUCCACCCGCUUGCUCUUAUGGCAACUCCAACAUUACCCCUCCACCGCCGACCUUGCCCGGCCAUUCAUCGUCCUCGCCACCCCUUCCAUACCCUCCGAAGUAUGCGAGCAGCUUGAAAAAGAAGGCGCCCAAGUGCAAAAAGUUGAAUUACUGGACGGUUUCCCGCUACCAGAGGGUAUGGAAGCGAACCAUCACUGGAAGGACCAAUAUACCAAACUCCACAUAUUCAAUCAGACUGCCUUCUCCCGCUUGCUCUACCUCGACAACGACAUGCUCUUGCUCAAAUCACUCUCUCCCAUUUGGGAUAAUGUCCCAUCAAGUUUUGAAGGUGUGGGUGGUGUGGGAGAGAGGAGUAAAGGGAUGAUGGCCGAAGAUGAUACGAGGAGAAGACCGGAAGAAGGGGAGGUGAGAGAUUAUCUCAAUGCGGGUUUUUUGCUCGUCAAGCCGGAUGGAGAGACAUUUGAAGAGCUGAGAGGGGUCAGAGAGUAUAAUCCGUUCUACAUGGAACAGGCAACUGGGAAGGUGAUCAUCCAUGGACACCGCUACAAGACCAAUUCGUCUCUCACUUUCCUCGUCGAGAACAACUGCACGAUGGGCACUAUGCGUAUGUCCUCUUCGUCCUCCUCACAUUGGGACAGCACUGAUGAGCAAUGCAGGCUGCAUGCAAAGAUGUGGAAAGACGAGAUAGACCGCGAAGUCGUUGAUCUAUGGGAAGCCAAAGUGGGGCAGAUGGAAGAUUACUUUGGCCGUUUAUAG